CUCUGGCAAGCCGACUCUCUCCCCAGGACUUUAACAUCAACCUCUUCCCUCCUUACUCCUCCUCGCGCGUCCGCCUCCGCUCCCACCGCUAACCCCUCCAUCGGCGGGAGCCACUUCACCUUUGCAAGAGCACAGCAACCAUGAAAUUCGGACAGAACCUGCCGCGCAACCAGGUGCCCGAAUGGGCAUCCAACUACAUCAACUACAAGGGCUUGAAGAAGCUGGUCAAGUCGGCCGCCGAAGACGCCCAGAAGAAGGGGGGCGAGGCUGAUUUGGCUGAGUUUUUCUACUCCCUCGAUCGCAACCUCGAAGACGUCGACGUGUUCUACAACAAAAAGUACACCGAAUCUGCGCGCCGGCUGAGACUCCUACACGACCGUUUCGGUCAAGCAUCGGCCUUCCCAGAAGGCAUAGACAGGGAUGAAUUGGAGGAUCUUAUUGGCGCCUUGCUUGAGCUGCGCGGGCAGCUGCGGAAGCUACAAUGGUAUGGCGAGGUGAACCGGAGAGGGUUCGCAAAGAUCACAAAGAAGCUGGACAAGAAGGUCGCGCAUGCUGGCACUCAGCAGCGCUAUAUGGCGUCCAAGGUUGAUACCAGGCCAUUCGCCACCAACUUCAAGCUACAGCAGGAUAUGAAGGCCAUCAAUGACUGGCUGUCCGGUCUUGGUGACGCCAACACCUUCGACGAUGCUAGCUCUGUGCACUCUGCGGCUUCAUUGAAGAGAGUGUCUUCUAGAGCCAUUCUCAACCUCCCAUCUGGCCUUCUGGACACGGUCGACCAAGCGAUUCGCAAUGACGAUGCCUCCAUUUUGGAGGAGCUUCUUUUGGAGGCCAACACUGGUGAUGACAUGGGAAGCACCGGUUUCCAGAAGCUGCUGCUCAACCUGCUGCAGCGGUCGAUUUCGAACAAGUCUAGGAAGUGCAUUGACAAGUUGCUCUCUCAGAUCAACGUGCUCGAUGAUGAAGACGACUUGAACAAGCGUAACUGCAUUCACCGUCUUGUCAUCACAAUUGGUCGUUCGAAGUCGAACGAAGCGCAGGGCAACGGAACAACCGCUUUCCUGCAGGUUGCCAAUAGUGCUUCGAAUUACAUCUCACCGGCGGAGGCACCCAUUGCUUUGCCGCCCCAGAAUACUAGGACCGAGCAGGAGUCCACGCAGCUUCUAGGCGCAAACGAUGAGUCCAUCCGCUUGCUUUCAUUCUUGUUGGACCGCUUAAAACCUCAUCAGCGCUCUGCUCUCUCUUCGAAGGAUUCGUAUGGCCGUAUGCCCCUGCAUUAUGCCGCUCAGUAUGGCUUUGUUGUCAUUUGCCAGGUUGUCAUACAGCACAUGCAACAGUGGGACCAAUUCGACGUUUCCCAUGGCAUUGACUCGCCGGUUUGGCAAGACCUGGAGGGCUAUGCUCCUCUUCAUCUCAGCGUUAUCGGAGGACAUGCCUUGACCACGAAGGUACUCCUGGACUGCGAGAACUGGGAGGGUGAUGCUGGUGAGAAGUUGAGGCGGGAGUGGACAUUAACUACCAGGACGAACAGGGCGAGUCUGCGUUGCACGUGGCUGCUCGUUUCGGCCAUACCGAGUGUGCCAGAGCUUUGAUUGACGGCACCCCGGAUCAGAAGGCGAAUCUCAACGUCACGGAGAAGACAUUUGCUUGGACACCCUUGUUCAUUGCCUGCGUUGACGGACACUUGCCGGUUGCCCAACUUCUCGUCGAAGCCGGAGCGGAGCUGGAACGACCGGAUCUUUCCGGGUGGACAGCCAAGGAGCAUGCUGCGCUGAGAGGCCAUU